AUGUCGUUUACUUCUGGCCGCAACUUCACAAUCGGUCCUUUAAAGGAAAACGUCUGGUCUUCACCGAACAAAAUAACGAGUUCAAGCGACAUCACUCCAAAUCAAUCCGAGUCAAAGGGACGACUUCCUCUAGGUUUUUUGUCGCCAAAUCGAAAAUGGCCCAGGUCUUCGGGCAAAAAGCGUCACAAGGACUAUGUCGAACUACACGAGGAAAGCACAAAGUCACACCUGCCUGCGCAGUUUUUGGAAUUCAAGGCCGGACGCAAAGAUCUAUUGCAUGUUAUUCACGAGCAAGAGCUUUCAAAGAGAACCAAAGAUCGCGAGUUGAUAGCCCUCAACGUCAAACUAGAAGGCAUCCAAAAGGGUUUAGCAGAAAUUGAGAAAGAACGCCAGACUCUAACGGACUCGUCAGGGCGUCUCGAGUCGGAAAAGAAGAAAUUAGAACGCGAGCUUUCUAUGCGGGAAAAAGAAAUCAUAUCACUGUCAAAGCGAUGUUCUUCACAGGCUGAGAAAAUGAAGGAAGUGGCUUGUCUAAAAUCGGCCAAAGACUCUUUGACAAGGCAGGUCACCGAGCUUGUUGCCAAAGCACGUGAAAAGGAGGUUGACGAGGUGUCAAAAGCGUCUCUUCGACAGCAGCUUGACCAGUCCCAAGCUUCUCAAAGUGAACUUGAGCAACUUUUAAAAACUGUUACAAAAGAUUACAACGAAGUCGCAGAAAAACUCAGGCUUUCUUUGCAGCAUGUCGGUAAAUUGAUGGACCAGAAGCGAGAGUGGGAAGAAGAGCGAAAGCAACAACGCCAAGGGCAUGAUCUAGAGACCAAAAACUUGAAAGAGUAUUUGAGAGAGAAAGAUUUGAAAGUCACUCACCUCGAACAGGGACUGCAAGAAAAAGUUGAAACAAUCCAGAAGAUAAGGGAGGAGGUCUCGUCGCUUUUGAUGAGUCAAGAUGAGAAGGUACGGUCUUCGACAGAAGUCAACGAAAAGAGGCUGCAAGAGUUGUCCGUAGAGCAUUCUGCUUCAAUCGCGAAUCUAGAAACGAGAUUUCAAGCUGAUGUUCAGCAAUUGAAUGAGCAGAUGGCCGAUAAAUCAGCAUUAAUCGAAAGGCUUCAAGAGGAGAUCUCUACUCGAAUGCUUGAGACUAUGGCAAUGUCGUCGUCCCUUGAAAGGCUGUAUGAUGACAGUAAGCUCCUCGAUACUCUCACAGUAGAUGUUGAAGCGUUGACACAGGAAACAUUUGAUCUCAAGGAAUGUCUUCACGAAAGAAACACUGAGAUAGCAGAGCUUGAGGCGGACGUACUUCGACUCGAGAUGGAAAAAGAGCUCCUCGCCCAGGAAUCCCAUAGAAUAGAAGGGCUUCGCGAAAGAGUGUAUACUAUGGAGGAAGAAAAGACUCAGAUGCAGAGUAGACUAAAAUCUGAAGCGGACACUGGGCGCGAAACUAUACGUCUUCUUGAAGAGGAGCUGAAAUCAGCCGAAGCUAAGGCACAAACGAUGUUUGACAAGCACAAAACGAAUCAGGAAAACAUUUCGUCGACGCUUCGGUCCCACAUCGCAAAUCUCAACAAUGAGAUAAAAGAGAAGCAGCGAAUGCACAAUGAAGUAGACGCCACAAAAGAUUCGACAAUUACAUCUCUAAAGGAGGAGAUGCAAAGCCUUGCAGAUGAUUUCUUGAAGGCGACAAAGGAGCACGGUUCGGAAAUGAAGAUUCUUCGCGAAGAAAUCAAAGAGCUCAAAAGAAAUCUAGCCAUCAAAGAUUCUGAAUUGCAAGACUUGCGAACAUCUGAGCUUCAAAAGACCGACGAAACUAUUCGUGGUCUACGCAAAGAAAUCAUACGGUUGAAUAGGACAAUCAACGAGAAAGAGCACGCUGCCGAAAGUACUAUGGGGGAAAUGGAGCAGCAACUUGCUCAACUAAGAUUACGGGCUGCAGAACUUGAAGAGCGGGCGGAGGAAAAAACAAGAGAUCAUCAGUUUGAAGAAAACGGCUUUGCUGAAACAAUUGUUGACCUACGGUUGCAGGUCGAUCGACUAGUGAUUUCGUUGAAAGAGCGUGAUCGAAAAAUUGAAGAUCAAGUUAGUGAAGUAAGUCACUUAGCGGCUUGUCUAUCACGAGCUCAAAAUGAGCGUGACGAGUAUCGUAAAAAAACUUUGGAGCUCCGCUCGUCGGAAACGUCGGCAAAGAGUGAGCGUGACAACUUCGUCCUUGCCCUUGAGCGAGAAAGUGCUCGAGUGCAGUCGUUUGAGUCCAAGGAGAAAGAGUGGAUGCUUCAAUGUGAAACACUUCGAAAGGAAGUACAAUCCGUCGACAGCAAACUUGCAGCACAGCUAGGGCAGCAGAAACUCCUCGAAAAUGCUAUCCAAGAGCGAGAUCGACUUUUGUCAGAGGCAUUGUCGCAAAAAAACAUAUUGGAAGGGCGACUGGAACGAGAGUCUUCAGUACUUGGUGCACUAAAGCAGGAGUCUAAUGGUAAGGAUUUACUGCUGACGGAGAAAGGAGAAGAAGUGCGACGGUUGAAAGCCGAGUGGGUUCGCAAAGAGAAUCAAUACAUGGAAGAUAUCCAUUCUGAACAGAGCCGCCGACAAAUUAUUGAAGCAGAUCUCGCCGUUUCGAGCGCAGCGUUAAAAGCAGCCAAAAAAGACUAUAAGGACGUGACGGAGCUGGAAAAAGAGAAUCAGCUGUUGAAAGAUAAAGUUCGUCGGCAGGAAGUUUUUUUGAAACGAAAGCUGGAGAAGGAAAAGGUGAUGCGUGAACGUGCCGUUGGGAAACCACUGUCGGUUCAAUCUCGCCCCAUUCGUAUAUCCAAAAUUCCCUCUCCACAAAAGACACGAUCGGCUGUUAACAGCCGAUCGACUCUCUCCACCGCCUCCGAAUCAUCGUUGAAUAUGUCUCUGGACUGGGAACUUGAUUCAUUGCUAGCAGACUAAUUUGCACCCAACUGUAAGUUCUAGGAGUGAAAUUCGAAAAACGGCAAAACUACCGUUU